CACAAUAGCAUAGCAAUGGAAAACCUACAGGCAAAUUUCUCCUUAGUUCAGGGCUCAAAUAAAAAACUGAAUGGGAUGGGAGAUGAUGGCAGCCCGCCAGUGAAAAAAAUGAUGACAGACUUUCAUGCAAAUGGAAAAAUGAUAAACAAGGUGCCAACGGUAAAGAAGGAACACUUGGAUGACUAUGGAGAAGCACCUAUGGAAACUGAUGGAGAGCCUGUCAAGCGGACCUGUACUUCUGUGCCUGAACCUUUAAAUUUAAAUCCCAGUUUGAAACAUACAUUGGCACAAUUCCAUUUAAGUAGUCAGAGCUCUUUGGGUGGACCAGCAGCAUUUUCUGCUCGGUAUUCCCAAGAAAGCAUGUCACCUACUGUAUUUUUGCCUCUUCCAUCUCCUCAGGUUCUUCCUGGCCCACUGCUCAUCCCUUCCGAUAGCUCCACAGAGCUCACCCAGACUGUUUUGGAAGGGGAAUCUAUUUCUUGUUUUCAAGUUGGAGGAGAAAAGAGACUCUGUUUGCCCCAAGUCUUAAAUUCUGUUCUCCGAGAAUUUUCACUUCAGCAAAUAAAUACAGUUUGUGAUGAGUUAUAUAUAUAUUGUUCAAGGUGUACUUCAGACCAGCUUCAUAUCUUAAAGGUCCUGGGAAUACUUCCUUUCAAUGCUCCAUCCUGUGGGCUGAUCACAUUAACUGAUGCACAAAGACUGUGUAAUGCUUUAUUGCGGCCACGAACUUUUCCUCAAAAUGGUAGUGUACUUCCUGCUAAAAACUCAUUGGCCCAGUUAAAGGAAACUGGCAGUGCCUUUGAAGUGGAACAUGAAUGCUUGGGCAAAUGUCAGGGUCUCUUUGCACCUCAGUUUUAUGUUCAGCCCGAUGCUCCGUGUAUUCAGUGUCUGGAGUGCUGUGGAAUGUUUGCACCCCAGACAUUUGUGAUGCAUUCUCACAGAUCACCUGACAAAAGAACUUGCCACUGGGGCUUUGAAUCAGCCAAAUGGCAUUGUUACCUUCAUGUGAACCAAAAAUACUUGGGGACACCUGAAGAAAAGAAACUGAAGAUAAUUUUAGAAGAAAUGAAGGAGAAGUUUAGUGUGAGAAAUGGAAAAAGAACUCAUUCCAAGACAGAUACAACACCAGGAAUGGAAUUACAAUCAUGGUAUCCUGUUAUAAAACAGGAAGGUGACCAUGUUUCUCAGACACACUCUUUUUUACAUCCCAGCUACUACUUAUACAUGUGUGAUAAAGUGGUUGCUCCAAAGUCUAAAGAGGUCACAAAGACAGAGGCAAGUAAGUCCUUUUCAAGACAGCCAGAGAAGCCUCACAUUAAUAAUAAACACCAAAAAACAGUGUCUUACCCAGAUGUCUCACUUGAGGAACAGGAGAAAAUGGAUUUAAAAACAAAUAGAGAAUUAUACAGUCAAUUAGAUCCAUUGGUCUCACAUAAUUCUACAAGUAAAAAGAAAUCAGAGUCUGCUACUUGUGCAAGAGACUCAAGCAAGCAUGAUGAAGCUUCAUCUUCAUUUCUUGUCAAAGAUGUUAUUUGUGAGGAUGAUAAGGGGAAAAUCAUGGAAGAAGUAAUGAGAACUUAUGUAAAACAACAGGAGAAGCUGAACUCAAUUUUGCAAAAGAAGCAACAACUUCAGAUGGAGGUGGAAAUGUUGAGUAGUUCAAAAGCUAUGAAGGAACUCACUGAAGAACAACAGAAUUUGCAGAAAGAGCUUGAAUCUUUGCAGAAUGAACAUGCUCAACGAAUGGAAGAAUUUUAUGUUGAACAGAAAGACUUGGAGAAAAAAUUGGAGCAGGUAAUGAAGCAAAAAUGUACCUGUGACUCAAAUUUAGAGAAAGACAAAGAGACUGAAUAUGCAGCACAGUUGGCAGAGCUGAGACAGAGAUUGGACCAUGCUGAGGCUGAUAGACAAGAACUCCAAGAUGAACUCAGACAGGAACGGGAGGCAAGACAGAAGUUAGAGAUGAUGAUAAAAGAGCUAAAGCUGCAAAUUUUGAAAUCAUCAAAGACUGCUAAAGAAUAGAAACCAUGAAAGAGAUUAAUUUGUGUAUUACUGACAGGGUUUUUUGUUUGUUGCUUGCUUUGGUGAUUGAAUCCUGAACAUCUUAUCUGCAUGAAGAUAAAUAGGCUUUCUGUCCAUUUGUAGAUCAGAGAAAGUGAAGAGAUUAUAUAUUAGUACAUAAAUUUUUACAUUUUCCAAAUGAAUGAAAUGUAUGUUUCUUUGUACUUUUUUUCACUCAGCUUGUUAACAGUAGUAUAUGGUUUCAACUAGUAGAUAAUUACCUAUAUUUCUAAUGCAAAAUUAAUAAUUGUAUACUUUUUAAAAGCUGCAUUAUGUGAUGGAAAAUAGUGAUCAAUUUUGUUUAUCCAUAUUUCAAACUCAACUUUAGAUAAAAUGGUGGUAUUAUAAUUAAAAUAUGUAAUAUAGAACUACUUGAGGAGUUGAGUCUCCAUUUUUCUCACCAACACAAACUCCUUUCUGAAUUGAUAUAGUACAUUCAUUAUUAUAUGCAAAAUUUGCUUUUACUUUGUUCAGAUUGUGGAACUGAAUUUCCACCAGUUUUCUUUUUGGUGUCUUCUAAGAGGAAUUUCAUUGAUGAAGUUAUAGCCCACCCUUGUACACAAUGGGCAAAGAUAACAUGCUUUGUUAGUUAUGCUUUGCUGCUAAACACAAGAAGCGUUGUAAUUUGUCUUUCAAUUUAAAUGUGAUUAUAUUUAGAAUUUUUUUGUAGUGACUUCAGAAAAAUAAUUUCUGAGCUUUUUAAUGGUGUUAAUAGUGGUGUGAAAAUAUUAAUGUUCUUGAGAAAACUGAUUCCAUUAAUGUACAUUGGUUUCUAUACAAUCCAUAAUCCUGUACAGUUUUUAUAUGUAGUUAUGGGUCUUUACUAAAAUUUAUAUAAUGGAUUUGUUUUUCUUUAAAUUAUAAAAUAUUAAACACCUUGAGGUUAUUUUGGACUUUUGUAUGUUUAAAUGUUAUCUUACCAAAUUUGCACGAAUGGACCAUUUUCAAUUGCUCUUUGAUAUCAAAAUCAGGAAUUUACAGUAAACUGCUAGUAUCUGAUAGGUUAAUAUAGGUCACUUUAGUUAUCUGCUACUGAAAGGUUUCUGGAUAAUUUUUAGAUGGCAAAGGAAUUUCAUAUUUUGGGGAAGGGCAACAUCUGCACUUUUUUUUUGCACAAGAAGUCUAAAAAAUGUUUUUAAUAGCAAAUCUCACAGUAGUUAGUUAUUAAGUAAAAUUCUCAAUAUUAAGUUUUCUGAAGGAAGAUUGAUUAGUAUUCCAUGAGUUUUUUGUUUUUCAUGUUCUCAUAAGGUACUAUAUGAAAUUACUGAAGAGAUCUAAAUUUAUUUUAAAAAUAAAUCAGCUAGAGUUAAAGUUACAUACUAUUUUCAGCACAGAAGGCUUAUACUCUAAUGGUAUAGAAUUUCAAAAAUUUACUAGGUUAUCAUUUAACUAGUUAUUUUCAUAUUUUGCUUAAUGGUACUCAUAUAUCCAAAAAGAACUUUUGUACUUCACAAAAUGUAGUUUAUUUUCUAUAUAAUGUGUGAUUUUCAUUUGAGCUUUACUGUGUUAACCCUAUAGCUUAAUUGGUUGAUUCUUGAAAUCUCCUCAAGGAGGAACAAUGUGAAAAUGACAAGCAGAAAUAUGUUAAAAAUGACAUAUCCUCCCA